AUGAACUGGUUGCUUUCGGUGCUAAUAGCUGCUCUUUUUGCAGUCCAGGCACGUGCAUUCGACUGCUCCGUCAAGGAGCUCCAGCCAUACGAUCUCAACGGCUUGAAAGGCGUCUACACGUCCUCCAUAACCAAGAAAACGCCUCCCUCUGAGUCCACCAUCGAGUGGCUGAUUGGCGUCUGUGAAGACCUCGGACUGGUGCAGAGCUGCUCGCCUGACUCUGAUGUAUGCGGAAAGACCACCGUGAAAAACGAAGGCAAGAGCUUGUUGACCGAGAUUUUCGAAUUCAAGUUCACUCCUUCUACGGUUGUCAAGACUUUGGGAGAAGACGGCAAGGACGGUUUUGCCGUGGAGUACCACGAUGUGGAGUGGAGCGACCAGAAGCUCAAUGCCAACUUGUUCUUCAAGUGUGUGGAUGCCAAGGACGCCCAGAAGGAGUUUGAGACCCGUUGGGAGAACAAUCUUCUCCUGGCCACUUUAAAGACCGACAAGGCUUGCGCCAAGGCGGGAAGGAAGCCCAAUGACGGCGGACGCGUUGACACCGGCGAGUCGUGGGGCUGGUUUACGUGGAUUUUCAUCUUCAUGGUGCUUUUCCUCAGCAUCUACAUCAUUGGCGGAGCAUGGUUCCAGUACAACAAGGGCAAUUCGAUUGACUUCCAGUCUGCAUUGAAGGAGGUGUUGGAGAACUUUGUGGACCUUUUGCGUGGCUUGCCGGUAUUUAUUAAGGAGAUCAUUGAGAAGUUCACGAGGAACAACAACAGAGGCGAGUACAGCGCCGUCUGA